AUGACUGGCCAUGGCUUGUCGUCAUCCUUUGUGGAGACCGUAGCAGGAUUCACGGCGGGGAUUGCUACGACUCUUUCCCUCCAUCCACUCGACCUAGUCAAGACACGAUUGCAGGUUGAUCGAACGUCUUCCUCUCGACUUGGCAAUUCAUUGCGCAUCGCUCAUCGCGUCUUCCAAACGGAAGGCGGCUUAGCUGCUUUUUACCGAGGUCUCGCUCCGAAUCUUAUCGGCAACUCGACAAGUUGGGCCUUGUAUUUCCUAUGUUACAGUAGCUUCAAGGAUGCUAUUUGCUCAUAUCGGGAGCGAGAGGGCUGGAUGCUCACAUCCUCCGAUUACUUUCUCGCGUCGGGCACUGCAGGUGCUUUAACAUCCAUUAUCACGAAUCCAAUCUGGGUAAUUAAGACCCGCAUGUUAUCCACCGGAUCCCAGGUUCCGGGCGCUUAUCCUUCAUUUGUCUCUGGGGCAAGACAGAUUUACUGCACAGAGGGCGUACCGGGCUUCUACCGAGGUCUUGUGCCCGCCCUCUUUGGAGUUAGUCAGGGUGCUCUUCAGUUCAUGGCUUAUGAAAGAUUAAAGAUAUUUCGAUCUAGGUCGAGACACGAUGCGCCUUUGGGCGAUGUGAGUACCGGCGCAGGGCGGAAGCUUGGUAACUUCGAUUUUCUGGCUCUCUCUAGUCUAUCCAAAGUCUUCUCCGGCUGUAUCACAUACCCAUACCAAGUUGUCAGGUCGCGUUUACAGACCUAUGAUUCGCACCUAUUUUACCGCGGUGCUAUCGAUGCCGUUGUCAGGAUCUGGGCCCAAGAGGGGCUUGCGGGAUUUUACAAAGGUCUAGGUCCGAAUCUAUUCCGAGUGCUGCCGAGCACUUGGGUGACGUUUCUGGUAUACGAAAAUACAAAGGUCUAUCUGUCCAGGUUAUAG